GGAUUGUUUCUCCGGCUGCGAGAGGCAUGGGGAGUAGAACCAUUGGUCUACGAUUUGGAUUCUUGGGACGAAUGGAACGGUCAUUGACGAAAUGGCCAACCCGCCGCCGAAUCUUGCAGAUAUCCUGCGUACCCUCUCUGCACUCGCACCACAAUCUCAGCAAGGCGACCAGCAAACCCCCUCAAACCCUUCAAACCCCUACCACUUCUCCGCGCCGAUCCCUCAGCCUCGUCCGCAUGUUGAGGUCCCGUCACCACCACAACCACCACCUGCUGCAGCGGCGCCGGCACAGGAUGCGUCGAAGAUUACGGAUUGGCCGACUGCGUUGAGGUGUGUGAUGUGGAGUGUGGCUAGUAAUGAGAGGGUUGUGGGGGAGAUUCGGAAGCUGAUACAAACGCAACACGAGCAUGAAACACAGUGGUGUGCUGGCCGUCGGGAGUUGGCGAUGAAGAUUGAGGCGAGGAAGGUUGGGCAGAGGAAGGUAGAUGAGGUGUUGCGCGCAGUCGGAGGACAAGUAACAGAGACUCGGGCGUCUGACGGAGCAGAGGAGCUACGAGCGUUUGAUGGGAAGGUAUACCGUGCACAAUGCCAAAUGGUGGGCGAGAUGGGUGGAAAACUUCAUAGGCUCGGCGUACCGUUUUUCGGGACAAGACCAGAGUUGAUUAGGUACGAUGGGGGUGUAGGGGGAGGGAUAACGGAGUCGGAGCUAUUGGGGAUGCAGAGACGGAUGUUGGGUAUUUUGGAGGACUUGUGUGCUACGUAGUUUCUCGGGAUACAGAUCACUGCCACGGGAAGGGACGAUGAAGAACAAGGUUUGGCAGA